UAUUGACUGGCGACAUGCCAUUGACGUUAGAUUAUCAAUCAAACGUGUUUAUGUGCAUUCUAACGUCCUACUUGGCCACUUUGUUUCGUAGUGGGUAUGUGAAAGUAAGGAAUCUGCCUCGUGUUUCAGCCGCCCUUUAAUGGUAAAUAUAGAUUCCAGUUAUUUCUUAUUCAGUUUUUCCAGUUUUUAUUUAAAGACUUCGUUGAUACUUAAUUUUAGAAUCUUAUUUUAAUCAUGGGCAAGAAAUCGCGAAAAAGUAGAGCUCAGUUUGUGCCAGAUGUUGCUGCUUUACAAAAUGAUGGAGCCAGAGCUGCUGGCGGCUAUUCUCGUCAACACUCCAGUGACUCGACUUCAAAUUCCCCGGUAUCCCCUCUACCGACUCCUGCUUCGUCCAGUGCUUCGUCCAGUGCUUCGUCCAGCGAUGAUGCUUACGUGUGGUCAGAUAUACCCAACGAAAGGGGUUUAGUUAUCUGCCCAUUGAAUCGGAUUCACAGCAUGCUGGCUAAAAGUUUGACCCCCCAUGUGUUGAAAUGCAAGAAAGAAUUCCGGAAACUAUACGUGUGUCGUCACAACUCAAAUCACUGCUUCUCAAAUAAAACUGACUACAACACUCACUUCAAGCUAUGCCGAGAUAGCGUAAGCGCCUCAGGAAACGCCUUGGAACACCCCGAUCCCAGCAGCCACGAUCCUGACCUCGCCGAGGAGCCGCAGGGCGCCCAGGCGCUGGUUCCUAUCGCAAAUGCUACGCUCUUGGGUUUUGGAGAUGAAGAAGAGAUUUGGGGUGAAGAGAGGCCUAGCUUAUCUGAAAUUAUCUUGAAAGACAUAAACUGCACCGCGAUCUUCGGCAAUCAAUUCAGGCCUAUGCCGUCAGGUCUCCCGAAGAAGGAUAAACAAAAGUGGAGGAGAGCUGAAGCAGAGCGCGUACAGUGUGUGAACGAGAGGAAGCCGUUCUCCGACGAAAUGUGUUUUGAUGCCAAAAUACCUCGUCCCGCGCAAAUGCACUACAACGAAAACUUGGCGCAAAACGAAAAUCCAUUUAUUCCCGUUGGACUCAACCCAACCAGCCAUUUGCCUGAGACCCAUAAUGCUGGAACAGGUGCGGAACGAUCAGCAGAGUCUACCAUUAGCGACUCCGUGCCUCAAGCGUCGACGGGGGCUGUACCUAGAAGGUUUCAACGGUCCGGGGCUGGGGCUAGUUCUUCUCACGUGGAGGAGUCUGAAAAUCAUUGGACAAGAAUAACUCGGCGUGAAGACCGUCGUCGAGGUCGUUAGACCUACUUGAACGACUUCAUAAAACUUGGAUUAAACAGAAGAAUAAGAUGAAUUUGAUAACAUUAUAAUUUGAAUUUCAAUCGGAUUAAAAUUUUGCAUGGAAAUAAUGUCUUAACUUUACUUGGCUCAAGUUAGCUGGAUUGUGUUAGUUUUGUUCAGAAAUAUCAUUUUAUUGAGUAGAGGUUGUUUACUAAUUGGACUUAACGCUGGAGUUGUCCAAUUGAAAACUGUUCUCCGGCCCUGCUCAUCAGUUUUUAACGUGUUGACAUUUUCACUUUGUUAAAGGGACUCCCCCCAAGUUUCUCGAUUAGAGUUACAGAUAUGCAAA